CAAAAUCAUAACAUUGGUUAUAAAAGCUAAUACAUAAAAGAGAACCAAUGCUGAAUAUUGACAGAUGUCGGGUGUAACACAAGUGUUAAAGGUUCGAGCCCUGUAUAAGGCCAUUCUUAAGAUACAUCGGGGUCUACCACUAGAAAUGAAGGCUCUAGGUGAUCAAUAUGUUAAAGAAGAAUUCAGACAACAUCAAAAUGCCUCAAGUGCUGAAGCAGACAUUUUUAUGCAGGAAUGGACUAAAUAUUACAUGACCUUGGCUAAACAGAUUGGAAGGAGAAGGGCAAAUGUGACAGUUGGACAGAACUUAUCAUCCGAGUUAUUAAAUUGCUUUAAUGAAGAACAAAUUGGACAAUUAAAUGAAUUAUUACAAGAAACACAAAAACCACGGGCAGAUCCUUUCAGUGUUGAUGAUAAAUCAUGAGAAUCUUUAGAUAUUUAAAAAAUCAGAUUUGGAGGCAAUCAGAUGUGAUAACAGUUAGUUUUGAAACAACCUCAUUAAGAAAGAAAUUAUGCCAACUAAACAGUGAAUAUGUGGAAUCUACAAAAGGGUUGGAGGGCUGACAAACCCAAUUACACAGUGACAUCAGGUUUAUGGAGAGUCAAGGAUUUGAAAGUAGUGACAUUUUAAAGAUUUUUGAAAGUUUCAGACUUAGAAUCAGUCAGAAUUUUGGAAAUGUCCGACUUGGCAAAAAGUCAAAUUAGUAAUGAGGGGUGCAGCAUGACCAUUUUGACUGGGUGUAAGAAGUUUUUCAGAGAAAAAAAGACUAACUAGCACUAAGUUAUAUGUAGGCCACAUACGUACAUACUAAAUCCAUUGUACACCCACUUCAUUUCAAACAAAUUUAAAAGAUAUAAUUUAUAUAUGCUUUUGCCUCAAAAUAUGUGUCAGACAGAAUACACUAAAUCAUUUCU